GAGAAGAAAUGUGGCAGAAUCAUCAUCAUCAUCUUCCUCUUCACUCUGUAAAAAAACCAUGAGCAACCAUCGCCACAAAACUCUUCCUCUUUCUCUCACUUCACGGUGGUUGAAAAACGUCAUUGCAUUCCUUCUCCUCGUUACCGUUAAACAAUGUUAUGCCCUCACUAGAGACGGCGUCCUCUUACUCUCUUUCAAGUACGCCGUUCUAAACGACCCUCUCUCCGUUCUUGCCACCUGGAACUACAGCGACGCCACUCCAUGUUCUUGGAACGGCGUUACGUGCUCCAGCGUUUCCGGUAACGGUUUCCAGAACAGAGUAACGGCUUUGUCACUUCCCAAUUCUCAGCUUGUGGGUUCAAUCUCUUCCGAUCUAGGCUCCAUAGAGCAUCUUCAAAUUCUUGACCUCUCCAACAACUCACUCAAUGGCUCCAUCCCCGCUUCGCUAUUCCAAGCGUCCGAGCUUCGGUCGCUGAACCUCUCUAAUAACCUCAUUAACGGUGUGCUUCCAGGUUCGGUGGUGCAGCUUCGGAAUCUCCGGUUUCUCAACGUAUCAGACAAUUACUUGGCGGGAAAAAUCCCUGAUAAUUUGUCAAACAUGCAGAACCUAACCGUGUGUUCUUUGAAGAGCAAUUACUUCACUGGCUUUCUCCCCAGCGGGUUAAGUACCGUGCAGUUUCUGGAUAUUUCGAGUAACCUGCUGAACGGGACUCUGCCACUGGGAUUUGGUGGUGACCAAGUUCAUUACUUGAACAUCUCAUACAACAGGUUUACUGGAAGUAUACCGGUUCAGUUUGCUGAGAAAAUCCCGCGAAACGCAACUGUUGACUUGUCGUUUAACAAUCUCACUGGCGAGAUUCCGGACUCACCUGUUCUUUUGAGUCAGAAAACGACGUCGUUUUCAGGGAACCCUGAUCUGUGUGGGGAACCUACGAAAAAUCCGUGUCCAAUUCCUUCUUCGCCAUCGUCGGAGCCGAGAGCUUCCUCUCCUACUUCUCCGCCGGCGAUAGCUGCGAUUCCGAAGACGUUCGGUGAUUCUCAUCCGCUGGCGCCAGCUGGCGACGGUUCAGGUUCAAAUAACGAGAAACAGAGCGGUGGUCUAAGGAGAGGAACGAUUAUAGGAAUCGCGGUGGGUGACGUCGUCGGCAUUGGCAUCUUAGCUAUGAUUUUCAUCUACGUUUAUCGGUUGAAGAGGAAGAGAGAAGUGGAGAGUGCGAUCAAGGACGAAGCUUCUUUUGCGAGGAGCGAAACGUCGUCGUCAUCGGAGUCGAGAGGGUUCACAAGGUGGUCCUGCUUACGGAAGAGAGUAGAGGAGGAAAAAGAAUCAGAUAGCACGUGCUCUUCAGACAGCGACGUGGAAGUAGCACGUGACGGAUACAACUACAACCAACACCAGAAUGGUCGUCAGGAGAAUUCGAAGCAGCGCGAAGGGUCAGGGCAGCAGAACAAGACGGGGACUUUGGUGACUGUUGAUGGCGAUAAGGAGCUUGAAGUUGAGACGCUUCUCAAGGCUUCAGCGUACAUAUUGGGCGCCACUGGUUCAAGCAUAAUGUACAAGGCGGUGCUUGAAGAUGGAACUUCCUUGGCGGUUCGUAGAAUCGGUGAGAAUGGCGUUGAGAGGUUCAAGGACUUUGAGAACCAGGUUCGGGUCAUAGCUAAAUUGGUUCACCCAAAUUUGGUUCGUAUUCGUGGGUUCUAUUGGGGACACGAGGAGAAGCUCAUCAUUUAUGACUUCGUUCCAAAUGGUAGCCUCGCUAAUGUUCGUUACAGGAAAGUGGGCUCCUCUCCAAGCCAUUUACCAUGGGAACUUCGGCUCAAGAUAGCGAAAGGGGUAGCACGUGGGCUAGCUUACCUCCACGAGAAGAAGCACGUGCAUGCGAAUCUGAAGCCCAGCAAUAUUCUAUUGGGCAGCGACAUGGAGCCCAAGAUUGGAGACUUUGGGCUCGAGAGGAUUGUGACGGGUGAUACUAGCUACAAAGCUGGAGGAUCGGCACGUAUUUUUGGGAGCAAGAGAUCCACGGCAUCACGUGACAGCUUUCAAGACAUAACACUUGGGCCUAGCCCAAGUCCAAGCCCAAGUUCGAUUAGUGGGGUAUCUCCUUACCAUGCUCCUGAGUCGCUCAGGAACCUUAAGCCUCAUCCAAAGUGGGACGUGUACUCUUUUGGGGUCAUUUUUCUUGAACUCUUAUCAGGGAAGAUUGUUGUCUUGGAUGAUAUUGGCCAAGGGACUGGGCUUUUAGCUGAGGACAAGAAUCGGGCUUUGCGGAUGGCUGAUGCUGCUAUAAGACCUGAGAUGGAGGGUAAGGAAGAGGCCUUGUUGGCUAGCUUCAAGUUAGGUUACAGUUGCGUGUCUAGUGUUCCGCAAAAAAGGCCACCGAUGAAAGAGGUGUUACAAGUUCUUGAAAAGAUACCAUCGUCAUCAACUUCUUCUUCUUCUUCCUCAUUUUUUUACAGCCACUAAACCAGGAUUUGCCACACUGGAUUUGUAGAAAAAGAUAAAAAUUGUAGUUAUGAUUGACUAAAAUAGGUUUUUGUGUUUUGUAUUUGAUGUGCGUUGUAAUUGUUCCAAAGUCCAUUGACUAAUAUAUCUCUGUUGCUUGCACUAAUUCAUUUUCUAA